AAGACUUCAAUUCCCUGCAAGACCCUAAUAUUACCACUGGAUGGCACUAUUGUCAUUAUAAUGGAACUCAGUGAAGCAGCGCUGUGGCUCCUGUCUGAUGUCAGUCGACUGUCGUUUAGUGAUUGGCUCAAAGGCCGGGGUUCUGACGUAGCUGGAGGUAGAUAGCGCUCAGGCGGCGGCUCGAGCUCGCAUUCCGGAAGAGACCCCAGCAGGAAUCAUGGUGAGCGGGAGAUAUGGGCGAGCUAUCCUGACAGCCAUCACUGCAGCCCCGUUACUGUGAUCCCAUGGGCUAGCUGGCUGUGUACCCCCUUACUGUGAUCCCAUGGGCUGGCUGUUAGUGUACCCCCUUACUGUGAUCCCAUGGGCUAGCUGUCAGUGUACCCCCUUACUGUGAUCCCAUGGGCUGGCUGUUAGUGUACCCCCUUACUGUGAUCCCAUGGGCUAGCUGUUAGUGUACCCCCCUACUGUGAUCCCAUGGGCUAGCUGUUAGUGUACCCCCUUACUGUGAUCCCAUGGGCUGGCUGUUAGUGUACCCCCUUACUGUGAUCCCAUGGGCUAGCUGUCAGUGUACCCCCUUACUGUGAUCCCAUGGGCUGGCUGUUAGUGUACCCCCUUACUGUGAUCCCAUGGGCUAGCUGUUAGUGUACCCCCCUACUGUGAUCCCAUGGGCUAGCUGUUAGUGUACCCCCUUACUGUGAUCCCAUGGGCUGGCUGUUAGUGUACCCCCUUACUUUGAUCCCAUGGGCUAGCUGUCAGUGUACCCCCUUACUGUGAUCCCAUGGGCUGGCUGUUAGUGUACCCCCUUACUGUGAUCCCAUGGGCUAGCUGUCAGUGUACCCCCUUACUUUGAUCCCAUGGGCUAGCUGUCAGUGUACCCCCUUACUUUGAUCCCAUGGGCUAGCUGUCAGUGUACCCCCUUACUUUGAUCCCAUGGGCUAGCUGUCAGUGUACCCCCUUACUGUUAUCCCAUGGGCUAGCUGUUAGUGUACCCCCUUACUGUAAUCCCAUGGGCUGGCUGUCACUGCACCCCUUACUGUGAUCUCAUGGGCAAGCUGGCUGUUGGUGUCCCCCUUACAGUGAUCCCAUGGCCUGGCUGGCAGUUUACCUGGCUCUUUGUCUGGGCCUGUAUGGUGCUGGGCACUAACUUUGACCUAUUAUGGAGCUGCCUGUACUGUGAGACAGCGAGCAGGGCCUAGGAGCAUCGGAAACAAGGCCGCCCCUGUGCUUAUACCCGGGUUUCACAACCGGGGGCAUCUUAUAUUUUUGUGCGUGAGGGCGGGGAUCUGAUGUAUUUUUUUUUAUUGAUCUUUCUGAUACCUUGAUAUCUUUCUUGCAUUGAACAGUGUGACUUCCAAGAAGAUCAGAUCGCCGGUAAGUGCACACACUGUGUAUGUUGAUUUACCUUUUUUAGAGGAUUAGGUGCCAUCAAGUUAUCAGCACCCAGUCAGGGUACAGUGGGAGCCCCUCAUUGCCAGGGAAUCCAAGGCUGUUUUAUAUUACUUGCCUCCCACCCCCCAUUACUCGCCUCCACUCACGUCUGUCUCUCUCCCCUUCUCUGGCCUCUCCAGAUUGAAUUUAGCCCAGACCAGGUGGACGGUAAGUGGCUCUGGUAUGCUUUGUAAGGAUCCCAAAUUUUCCUAACUACUAAUCUGCUCUUGUGAUGGAGUGCCAAAAGUUAUCACCCUAAUAAGUAAAGUAAUAAUCCCCCUUUUCAUCCAUAACACCAGCAUCCCUGAUCUGUUUCCGAUUUGACUAUUUCACCAACUGGUUCCAUGUUUAGAACACAAUGUAACAACCAGAGAUCUUUAGUGUCAUAGAAUCCUACUUAUGUUAACUCUUCCAGCAUGAGUGUAGCAUCCGGGGGAUAUGGGUGUGUUUUACUGUUGACGAAAGAUUUUCAAUAUAUAUAUAUUAAUUGCCUGCACAAAACUGUUGGCUCUUUUAAAGGGGAUGGGAUUAUUGCGGGGUGCCAUAUAUGUGCCCAAACUAUUAGGUACAGCCCUUGCUUUAAGUGGGGUAAAGCUAAUGCUCUGCAGGCAACGCCUAUUGCCAGCAGCCAGCAAAUCUCAGUGAUGGGAGUUGCAGUCCGAAAGCUAGGCACUUGGGAGCCUUGUUUUAAUAUUAUAAGCCGGGUCUUUGAUGUUCUUGUUAGGGAUAUUGACGUGUGUUGCAUGUUAGGAUUCUAUCUGUAUUAACAGCCAUUGGAGUGCAUAUGACAGGCUGUACAUGAAUGUGAUCUAUGCAUUGUGUGUGAUGGCCUGAUAAAAUAUUUAAUACUCUGUUUUGUUUUAUGAAGGCUGCAAGGGGCUCUUAGUAACAUUGUGUUUUUUGUUUGGGUUCCCCCCCUCUUUCUUUCUUUCUUUCUUUCUUUCUUUCUUUUUGCUUGCAAUAUCCUGCAUAGUAGGACACAUCCCCAGCCACCCCUCCUUGUAAUAAAAUGGCUGCUUUGCUGAUCACUGGAUGCCUUAUAUGGUAGAAAGGUCUCAUUCUGAGCUUGUUAGUACAAUACUGUUCAGGGAGGAGUCGUUUGAAUUGAGGGAGGAGGGUUUGUCCUGCAUUCCUGACAGAAAGGCUUUGCUAUUAAAAUAGUGUCUUUAUGCCGUACUUUAUUUUAUUUUUCUUAUAGGCUGAAUAUUUCUUAUAUUGCAUGCAGCACUGAGAGGAACUGUCUGUGGGAGUAUUUUUCUCCACUCUCUGGAAUUUGCCAGAGGGAGGUUAGAUUCAGGGAGUGCCACAGGAAGGAAGUGACAGCCUUUCAUGAGAGAGAGAAGCUGCUUGCCUCACAUCUAGUGCCAUGACUGAUGAUGGUUACUAACAGAUCUUUCUUUACCUUCCAGCUUCUACAGCCUUUUAAGCUAGGGCUUCAGAUGUAUACCCAUGGUCUCUGUAGAUCGCAAGUUGUAAAAUACAUACAACUGUCUAGAUGGCACCAACAGUAGGAAAACAAGAUACACCUUUUAAUUUUAAUAAACAUGUAUAACGUAAGGAUUUAAGAGGGCCCUGCUGAUAGAAUAUAUAAAGGGAUGACAAACAUACACAAAGGGAAGUGAAGUUAGGUGAACAAGUGAUCUGACUUUACCCGAGAAUGGGAGAGGUGUUUGCGAGGAGGGAAGCACAAUACAUUAGAAGAUCGAAGAAGGCAGAGGAAGGUUAUAGGGAUGAGUAAUUAAAGGGACACUGUAGGCACUGUAUCUGCUUCAUCUCAUUAAACUGGUUAUAGUGUCUGGAGUCUUCUGGUCCCAUCAUUUCUAUCAGCAUUAAACAGUUUUUAAAUUUUAAUGUUUUAAUGGUAAACAAGAGUCCCCGGCAAUCCAUCCCCUCUGUGCUGCUUUGGCUAAUAAGGAAGUAUUAGCCUGAGCAGAAAUGGGCAGCUCUGAUAUGCUGAGUGUCAGCUGACUGCUUGUAGCCUGUCAGAGUUCCAACUGACGGUAUGAGUGGGUAUGACAACAAGGAAGUGUGUAAUCUCUGCCUUAGCUACACAGACUGAAGGGGCCGGACUGUGGGUGGCCAGGGACUCUUAAUUUGUGGCAUACUGCACGAACAUAGUGCAACACUGAAUAUAGGGACAGUGCCAGGGUACUCCAGGCACUCUAACCAAUUCAAAGAGAUGAAAUGCUUAUAGUGACUACAGUGUCCCUUUAAGAGAAGAACUGCAGAGAAAUGUUAAUUGUAACUUUGUGCAUUCUUUGCAGGGAAUAAUAUUUAGGGUCAUUUUGUAUCAAAUUGUCUGCUAGAAGCAUUUAGUUAUCGGAAAUUUCUUCAAAAAAUUAAUUCCAUAUUUUGAUUUCCUUAAUAUGCAAAACUAAAAUAGGAUGGAUAUGUAUAGAGAGAGAGAGAGAGAGAUAUUAUAUGUAAAGGAAAAAAAUUUAUCCUAAAUUACUUGCUUUGAAUGUGUCCUUCAAUGCUCAUGUUAGUUUUCUGCAGUUGCAGACGACCCCCUCCUUCUCUAAUUGGGAGUCUGUCAUUCUGCUAUAUGGCGACUGACCUUAUCUCAUAAACCCUGGUUCUGUAAGUAGUUUGUCCACAAGCAGUUCCAGCCACCGCACUGAAUGGAAGUGCAUAAUGAAUUGAAAGUAACCAUACCUCUGAUUCCACGUUUACAAGCAACCCACUUUACUAUUUAGUGAAUAAGACUGUGCUAUGCCAUUGGCUGAGCUGCAAACUGUGCAUUUGCAAUCCACGGAUCGUCUCUUCACGGAGGAACUAACUAUACUAUGGAUUGUCUUAUAGUCAUGGCAGUUUGCAAAAAGCAAUACCACUCUAAGCCCCUCACAAAUGAGAUUGGACUCAAGGUGCUCUAUGCACAUGGCUAUGGUGCUUAUAUUUGAUGCUAUUGCUUUUACAAUAUUCAAUAUUCUCUCUCUCUCUCUCUCUCUCUCUCUCUCUAUUCUACGCCAUGUAUAUGUUCAUAGGAUUCUCACGAAAAAAAAAUUCAACCUCUUGACAUUGCUUGGAAAGAUUAUCCAACCGUUUUAUUAUGUAAUGUUCAUGCAACAAUUUUUAUAUGAAUCAAUUGCCUCUGCUUGUUGAAUCUAUUUAAAAUCUAUUUUUACUUUAACUAUUGUUGAAAUGUGUACUGCAAGCCUACCUGGUCUUCUCUAGCUGGAGGCCCUAAGGUCUUUAUAGCUACCCCCAAUCCUGAAUGUUGUCAAAAUGUACAAUGUUUUCUGUUGCACAAAGCAACAUGGCUUGCAGUGAGUGUCUGGAUCUUCUGUGACUUGGCAGAUUACUCCUUUGUGUACCUUGACCUAGCAAACAUUGUGACUCAUUUCUAUGGAUAGCCAGUUCUGUCUUCUUAUUGAACACUUUAGACAGUGAUAGGUCAACUAGCCUACAGAAUGUUUAAUUAAAAAAAAAAAAAAAAAAAAAUUCAUGCUGUUUCUUACUGUCCUGUAAUUGCUUUUUUUUGUUACAUAAUUUAUUUAUUUUGUCCUUUAGAUUUCAAGGAGGCUUUCUUGCUCUUUGAUAAAACUGGAGAUUCCAAAAUCCAGCUUGGCCAAUGUGGGGAUGUCAUGCGGGCCCUGGGGCAGAACCCCACAAAUGCAGAGGUUCUUAAAGUGUUGGGAAACCCAAAAGCUGAAGGUGUGUACCUCCCCUGGCUAUCACACAGUCUACAUGAAAAAUGUAUUUAUUUAUAAUCCAAUGUUAACUUACUUUAUAGGUUUUUAUUUCCUGCUCUGAAAAUUGAACUUCAAUCACACUCAGGAGACUACUGCAGGGUCUGAAAAGCUAUUUUCAGGGCAGGAGAUAAGGAAUUCUGAAUUUAACAGACUGUGCAAUAAAGGAAGUAUAAUCAUUGGGUGACUCUUUACAGUAAGUUUUUUGGAUGGCUCUGUAAGUCACAUGCAGGGAGGUGUGACUAGGGUUUUAUAAACAAAGGGAUUUAACUCCUAAAUAGCAGAAUAUUGAGCAGGGGUGUGAUCUAUGCACCAAAACUGCUUCAUGACGCUAAAGUUGUUUUGGUGCCUAUAGUGCCCUUUUUAAGGAAGUAAUUCCCAAACCAGUCACCAUGACCCAGCAACAGUCCAGGUUCUGUCAGUAUUGCCAUUGGAAACUAAAUUGGAAGAACAUGGACUGUUGCUGGGCCACAAGUACGGUUUUGCGAACCUUUUUUUUUUUUUUUUUUUUAAUAAACAUUGGAUGCUCACCUUACUGAGAACUUUGCACAAGUGCUUGAAGGGACACUUCUAGCCCCACAACUAAAGCAGUUUUGAAGGAAAAAUAGGAGUUUAGGUGGUAGCCACUCAAAGCCUACUACCUUAGCUCAGACAUUAAGAGAAACUCCUGUUCAAGUUCUUGUAAGCAUUCUGUGUGUGCAAAGCACUUGGAUAUAGGGGUAUCAGCUGUGCUGUAUUACCAAAGACCUUUUUGGAAAGGUCAGAUUAGCACUGGCCCUCUCAUUGCUUUUGAAUUGACAAAUGGAGCCUGCAUUAAUUGGGCAUCACUGUAUUGUCCUAUACUCCAGUGCUUGUUUUUAUUUUUAAUGAUCCACCGAUGUAAAGAUGUAAUUGCCAGGUCAGCAUUAAACAAUACCUAGUUCACAUUUGCUUUGACAUAGUUUCGUGGAGAGAGAUUGAUGUUUCCUCCCUUCCUGGUCAAGCCAUCUGACUGUUGUAGGCUAAGAAAAGCCUUGUUUAGCCGUUGUGCUGGAGAAAGCUAACCCUUUUAUUUUCUCACCCUCUCCCACACAGACCUAACCACUAAACAUAUCAGCUUUGACCAGUUCCUUCCCAUGCUUCAGACCAUUGCCAAGAACAAGGACCCAGGCACACACGAAGACUUUGUGGAAGGUUUGAGAGUCUUUGACAAGGAAGCCAAUGGCACUGUAAUGGCAGCAGAGCUUCGUCAUGUUCUUGUUACACUCGGUAAAUAUUUCAAUAGUAUGAGUCACCAUUUCCAUCGCAAUGGGAAAAGUACUGCUUUACAGUCCUGUACAUUCUAACCAGUACUUUGAUAGUGAAAAAUGUCCUUAAAAUAAACAAACUGUCUUGCACUUCUAGAUGUUACCCUUAAAAUCUAAAAAUGUUCUAUAUUCUAGGGGAAAAGCUGGGAGAAGAUGAAGUGGAUGCACUUUUGUUUGGUCAUGAAGAUGCUAACGGUUGCAUUAAUUACGAAGGUAGGUAUUUUUAGAAAUGUAUACAAACUAGUUUAAGUAUUUUGAGAUUACAUUCAUUGCCAUCUGCUGAAAGGUUUCCCACCAAUUUACUCUUGUAGCAGAAUGGUUUGUGUGUGUGUGUAUAUAUAUAUGUGUGUGUGUGUGUGUGUGUGUGUAUAUAUAUAUAUAUAUAUAUAAUUUUUUAUUUUAUUUUUAUUAUUAUUAUUUUUAAUUUUUUUUCUCACAAAUAUGGGCUAAAAUAAAUCCUCUAGUUCGAAUGCUACAUUUUCUCAAAGCCUGCCUUUUAUGGUGUGCUUGAAAAGAGAUGUUGUUUGAAGACCUAUAUCUGCAAGAAGCAUCUGAGUUUGCAACCAUGUUAAGUAUUUCAUAAAUAAAACCUGUUCCUUCCCAACUUAAUCUUCGUUCAUCUAGGUCUGACUUUUUUUUAUCAGUAAAUCCCUUUGGACAUAACUCAGAUGAGCAGAUAAUUUAAAAUUUUACCUGUUCUCAUUCUCUUGUUAUAGAAAUGGUUUACUCCUCCCACGUAAAGUAUGUAAAGUAUUUAAGGACCGCACCGCUCACGCUCACUACCUCAUCCCCUAAGCGACUAUCUGAUAGAAUGUCUGUCCACUCUGCAAGUCUGGAGGACCCCAAUACUGAGGGAAAGGGAGCUCCCCCCCCCCACUCCCUUUAUAGUUUGACAACUCUGGCUGGACACAAUUUAGUGGGACUUAGUGGUUUCACAAAAGUAUAAAUUGAGAGGUUGAACCACAUAUACUAUGGCAAAUCAACCAGCAACACCUGGUCUGUGAACCCACAGCACCCAGACUGGAACUUACACUUACCAACCCCACCACAACCCGUACGACCCCGCCAAAAUCUAAAUUAACUCAAUUUAUUUAUCUCUUUCUUUAACGCCUCUAAGAUCUCUAUAACCUACCUGACACAAAUAAGUUAGACAAGACCAGCCAGAGUGAAGUUAAUGCACAAUGUUGAAUGCUUGAAAAUUUACUGAUGAAUAUUGUUUACUGCUCAGAACUGACCCAUAAGUGCAUAAUGGAAUGUGGACAUCAUACCUUGCGACCCGGAAGAAUUCUUCCGACGACAUUCCUCACACUAUCUUGGCUCCACAACAUGACACCAUGUUCUGCUCAUUAUGUUAUGUACUCUAUGUUAACUCAAUGUACAGCUCUGUUUGUAUGAAAAUUUUUGACAAUAAAGACAAAAAAAAAAAAAAAAAAGAGAUGGUUUACUCUACAGCAGGUGUGGGCAACAUUCGGCCCUCCAGAUGUUUUGGACUAAAUCUCCCUUGAGGCUUUGCCAGCAUUGUAGCUGUAAGGGCAUUACAUGGGAGAUUUAGUCCAAAACAUCUGGAGGGUAGAAGGUUCCCCACGCCUGCUCUACAGGGCUUAGGUGGGGGUGGGGGGCAUGCAUUUGUUGAUGUAGGGUAUCUGAAGUUUUGUCUCAUGGAUCUUCCUUCCCACAGACUUUGUCAGGCACAUCAUGUCUGCGUGACCGCAGCCCCUGGGUAUGCUGGUACUCCUACCCGGUUUCAGUUUGUGACUUUUUUGUUUUUAUCCAUCUUUAUUCCUAUCUCCUAGAUUCUUUAGCAUGUUUCUGCAUGCUCUAUGCUGUGCCAGAGCUACUCUAUAAUCGUUCUUAAACUCUAACCAAAUGUAGGGUGUUAUAUGGCUUAACAUGUUUGGCUGAACCUGCUACUGUCUCCAUAUUGACAGUGAGCAUGUGUUCUGUAUAUGUGUGUGGAUUUGCAGUGGACUCUGAGUGAAGAGUAAGGCUUCCGUGAUUUGCCAAUGUAAUAUAUAUUUUGUAUCCUUAUUGGCUCUUGCUGCUACUUAAUAACUUUGCCUUGAAUGAUCUAAAAUAAUGAUUUCUAUCUGAGAUUCCCAACAAGCUACUGAUGACCCAGAGUUCAACUUAAAUGAUCACUUUAGCCCCUUAAGGACCAAACUUCUGGAAUAAAAGGGAAUCCUGACAUGUCACACAUGCCAUGUGUCCUUAAGGAGUUAAGCAUCAUGAAAACUAGAGGUUUAUUGUUGUAGUUAUUGUAGGUAAGAUUUUGAGUGAAAAUAAAGGGGCAACAUCCAGAAGGUUUCAAGUUGUCAAAAAAAAAAAAUGUUUCCCCCUGAGAAAAUGCAUAACUCGAACUUCAGCGUUAUCCAUCUAAACAUUGAUGCUUAGUGGGAUGCACAAUAACCACUUAAGCUAUAGUGGUGGGGAUUUCCCUUUUUUGACCUGAGGGUGUUUCAGGGCUUACAAUUCCCGUAAGUUUUAACCUGGGUAGUGGUAAAUUACCAUUCAUGCGUCCAAUAUAAGUGAGGAAGUAUGAAAUGCAGAGUUUAAUUUGGCUGCUGUUUUUAAAUGCAACGAUCAGAGUGCAUAUGAUUUCAGCUAGUAUGCUUUGAAAUAGUGAUUUCAAAAUAGUAGGGCCCGACAGUAUGCAAAAUAUGUAACAUCACAUGCGUUGUUACGUGCUACACGUUGUAAUUUAAGUGCUGCUAAAGAAAUGCCAUUAAAUUAUUAGACUCUUCCCAGGCAGUGCACUAGUGAGAAGGCUGAUACAUUAGGACAAUUGGCUUAUUCAUUUUGUGUGGUGUGGUUAUCUCCAUGCAUUUCAAAAGUUUUAUAGAAAACAUUCUAAAUGUAGAGUUGAGCAUGGUGGGUUUUAAUGCAAAACAUUGUGACUUCAUGAGCUAAAGUGUGUGUUUGUGUUGAAUAGAUGUUUAAGCUGUUAUUUUUCUUUCUCUAUUAAUAUUUAAAUUUUUCCUUCUCCAAUCCAGAAACCUAUUGCUUCUCUCCUCCUAGCAAUCUGCUGAUUGCCAGUGCUGCGUUGUAGACUGUAGGCGUCUUUGAUGCUUAAGCUAAAUACUUCCAAUACUUGCUCAAUUUGCUGUAGUUGAUACUAAAUGUUGGGUUUGUUUGUUUUUUUUUUUUUUUGUUUUUUUAUUUAUCUUUGUCUGAUCCUCACUAUCUGUGGGAAGAGGGGGCUCUAGAUAUUAAAGAUUUGGGGGGGGGGGAGGGGGAGUUUAAUAUAUAAUGUUUGGAAAGACAAGUGGCCCAUAUUUCCAAUGCAGAGCCAAACGGUCACAGUUUCGAAUAUCAUAUAUAUUUUUUUUGUAUUUUAUCAUUUUUGGAACGGUCUUGCAAACCCUCUUGGUGUAAGAGCCCCCUUUCCACUUCCCAAGGCUGCACUUUUUGACCUGCUGUUUCACAGAACAGGUGAAACGUGUGUGUGUGUGUGUGUGUUUUUGAUUAGUUUUUUUUUGCUCUGCAUUUUUAACCUCUCCACAACAAAUAUUAAACAAAUAAAUAUCUUAAGUCCUGACAUCUGUCACUAAAUUGCUUUGAGUCUACACCACUAUGUGACCCUUUUAAAGUAAUCCAAAUGUAUUUUCCCCCUUUUUUUUUGGCUUGUUUUUGCAAGAGAGGGUUGUAGUGUACUGAUUGUUUAACUUUCCAUCUUUAACAUCUUUGUGGAAGUUUAAAAAAAAAAAAAAUCUGUGUGUGCAUCUUGGGUUCCCCCAGCCAUUUUUAUUCAUAUAAUCCAAUACCUGUUUUUAUCUCUUCUACAGAACUUGUCCGGAUGGUAAUGAGCGGCUGAAUAGGCAUUACUCUGUACCUGCUGAAGGAGAGCAGCUAUGUGCAUUCAUGUCCUUUUUUUUAAUCUAUAAUAUGGUUUCUCAUUGAGGGGCCAGGCUUUCUAGGAAGUGCCCUCUCUACUUCUGCUGUCGUCAAUCAGUUUACAGUGUUUCAGAACCAUUGAGCCUGCUAGAACCUGGCAUAUAAAGGAAGUGAAGAUCGAAGCCUCAUAGACCCUCAGAAUUAAGUGAAACUGAAGAAAUAUAUAGUCACCAUCCUUCUCCUCCUGUAAUGCUUCAGUGUGCUGGUUAAAUUAUUCUAUUUCUUUUCUCUCCAACACCAAAUAAAGUAAACUACCUUUUUUCAAAACCUUUUUGUAUUAAUGUUCCUUAAUUUUGUGUUUCUUUGUAGUCGAGAGUGCGGGCUAUGCAGGGGG